AUGACUUCUUCUAUGGAAUUUUCCAUUCAUAACUCCCCCAGCGGUGGAAAACCUCCCGGGUCCUAUCUCUUGGUAGAGCCGGCCGUGCCCCCUGCUUUGGAGGAUGAAAAGAUCCUCGUCUCGGGUGAGUGGCGCUUCCAUUGGUGGCAUUUCCAUCUUUUGCCUCUCUCCAGCGUCGCCCACCCGUUUGCAUGUUCACUUAUACUGUGACCCUUCCAGUUGAGGUAUGCAUGAAACCCUCUAGCACGACGAGGGAGGAGGAUUUGAGGUCCGCUGUUGAAAGGUAUCUCUCUCUCCCUCUCGCUAUACAUGUAUAUAUAUAUAUAUGUAUGUAUAUCUGCACAUAUCUUUAGAGCUUGAUUGACAUUCUGUGUCUAUGCACAGCGCAAGUAUUUAGGCAGAUGAAUAUUCGGAGUUUCAUUUUCGCUCUUUUUUCUGUUAUUUUUCUCUCAAUGGUGUUGGGAAGUUCCAAGUUGUGAUGAUGACGGGCAUGAGGAAGAGAUGCUUUCGUGCUUGAGGCAAUGGAGAAUAACUGUUAUAACCCUGCUAGGAUCAGAGUUCACAACGUUACAGGAAGAAAAGUGCUCCUUUGCUGCGGUUUGGGUUCUCCAGUGCAGAAUAAUGCUCUUUCGAUAUUCUUUUCUGAAACCUUAUCCUAGUUCUCCUUCCAUAUUCUGUCAGCUUUCCGUUUAACUUUCGAUUUGAAGACAGUGGCUUUUCAAUGCACGUCCUGGAGAAAGCGAAGCAGUUGCAGUCUUUGAUCCUGCCAUUUUGUUUGGACAUCAUGGCUGAGUCCUUUUCAUUACAUGGUGGGUUUAUAGAUUAUUUGACCGCAUGAUCUGGGAACAAACGGUAGGGAAGGCUUUGAAUUAUUUGCAUUGGGUAGUGCCUUAGAAGAACAUAAAUACCAGUUGUGAUUGUUUCAUCUGGCGUAAGGCCUUGUCAACUUGUGUAUUAUGACUUGAAAUGUUGUUUUGGUCAUCGUGGGAAUUUUUUAGUCCGUUGUUUCAAUAUAUUACCGUUCCUACUUUGUCCAUUUGGACAUUGAUUGCACAACCUGUGUCUAUUUACUUCGACCAACAUAAGUUUUGCUGAAAUUUGAGUUUUGAUUAUCUGACUUUCAUGGGUCGCCACCAGCCAGUACAGAGUUUGCUUUUUUUCUUUUUUUCUUUUUUUUGUGAUACGACCUCAUAUACUACAGUUCUUGUGAGAAGAUGAAGAAAAGUUUAGAUAUUGACGAUGAUGAUGAAUUGGAUAUCAUUGUUAACUUCUAGAGGCUACGGAGGACGACUUCGGAUGUUGGUGAGUCUAAUUUUGUAUAUUGCACAUCUCAUAGGAAGAAAUGAUGAAAAAAACUUUUGGAACCACUAAUUCUAUAUGUUUAAUAUAAUUCGGGUGGAAAAGAGGAUGCAGCUUGUGGGAAGUUGUGAAUCUAAGCAUCACGUAGUUCUCAGGUUAAACCGUUCUGGUGGGAACGUAAAGGACAAUGAAGGUUCUGGAUAAUGAUGAAUUGAAAUUGAUGGACGACUUGUUGAGUUGAUGGAAUUUGAUUUUGAAUGUGUAGGGAAGCUUGUUAGAGGGCCUCAUCGCUAGAAUAGUGGAAGACAUGCUGUGGUAGUACUUUUAUUCCAUAUGUUUCACAGGAUUCUGGUUGUUUUUUUUGUGGGGGGAGUGGUUGGGUGGGGGAGGGGAGUGAGGAGGAAGAGGAGAUGGAUUAUGGAGUGCACGCUGUCUAACCAUAGAAAUUAUGUUGCUCAACUGUUUCUCCAUAGACAUUAUGCUUUUUGUCUUCUUGUUCUAAGUGUAUCUUGAACGUGAGAUUUGUGCUAUUAUUUUUCUUUGUCUAAUCAUUCGAUAUGUUCAUGAAGAAUGCUGGAGAACAGGAGUUUAAGUUAUAGAGAUGGUCCUAUUCCAGUGCCUAGUGACGACCCGUUUCUUCUGGAGAAUAUAAAAAGAAUUCAGAUUUGUGACUCAGGUAAUUGACAAAGCGUUGAUUUUGAGAAUUACUUUGUUAGUAACUGUCGUUCUCAGAACGUUUAUGAUUUUUUUCUACUGGUUUGCAGAUGAAUGGGAGCAGAACCAUAAAGUUCUCUUGUUUUGGCAGGUUAAACCUGUUGUACAUGUUUACCAGGUAGCGUUUAUAUUAUCUUACCUGGUGUUGACUAUUUUGGAUGCUUGUUUGGAUUGGGAACAGGACACGGUCCACUAUGUCCUCUGCAUCUUAUUUUGAUCUCAUGCUAGUGGUGGUUCUGUUUGAUGUGGAUUAUUUACAUGAUGAUUUGUCUAUAGAAUACAGUAGAUAUUAAUUAUUGCAAAGUUCACAUCUUUAAGCCAAAAUUGAAUAAUUUGAGUUUUUUUCUUUUUUAGUCUCUUGGCUCAAUUAUUUAUUUAUAGAGGAUAGUGGCCGCUUCCUCCCUCCCCCAUAAGACUUAAUAUGAGGUAAGCCUAAUGAGUCAUAUUCUAAGUUACACAUUAAGGCACUAGAUAGUGGGCCAAUUAUAUCCUUGUUUAAUAGACGCUCUUAACACUUGCACUUUGUAAACUUUCUUAUUUUAAAGGACUCUUCAGCUUUUAGCCAGUUGAUUGAGUUUCGUAAGAAGUCAGGCAUUGGACACUUUUUUGGGUGUUUUUAUACCGUUUUCUAUAUCUUAUUUCAUAAUUUUAUAUACGAUCCCCACAAUUAUGUUGGGUCGUCUGCUAAGACAUGGUAUGACAUUUUAUUUUGCUUUAUUCACUGCUGAAAUUUCUCAUCAGGAGGACAAUGAUUGGAUAGGUUUAUGUAGUUGGCCUAGAGUGUCAAUCAUUUAGUAGGUAUACUCACAUUUUCUAUUUAUUUUAAUUUAAUUCUUAAUGAUGGUAAAGUACAGGUUUAACGAUUUUCAAGAAAGAUUCUUGACAUUUGUAUUUGGAUAUAAAAACCUACCAUGGGGGGUGGGGGCAGUGAUUUCUCUCUCUUUACAGAGCUGGUGUGAAUUUAAAAGUUUUUGCAAAUAAGUGAAGUAAAAAAGACGGAUUUUCAGAAUAGUUUUGUCUAUCUAGUUCAAGAUCUCCUCCAUUCUCCUAGCUUUUCCUUAGUUUGUAUUAAGUUGCCUUUAACCGAUUAUAAGCUGAGUUUCCAAGAUGCCAACCAUGACCUUUUUUGCAUGAUAACAAACCUACGUCAAUGGGAAGCUCAAGGAUCUUUGGCGGCAAACCUUCAAUAGAGUUGAGGAUAUAAUUUUUCAGGUUUUUAUGGCCUAUUUAUGGUGUUCUUGAGAGAUGAAGCUUCAAAAGCUUGAACUUAUGAAUUCGUCGAAACCCUAGUCAUCUUAUAACUGAGGGAACUUUCUAGCUUAAGCACCCUCUCCAAUGUCUAGAAAUACAAUAAGCUUUUUAGCCUUUUAUAUUGCUAUUUUGGAUGAUAGCUGUCUCAUGUUUUAUCUGUUGACUCUUUUUGUUUGACGGAUACAGUUUGGUUGAUCCCUUAAUCUUUUGAGUGUUGAUCCCUACUACCUAACGUUUCUGACAUCACUUAGGUGUUGACACUCGUGACUUAGGGGUUGAUCAAGUGUUGUCAUGUGAGUUGUUUGGGUCAAAACCAAUACAAUUCGGUUUUUGGUUCUUCAUGUGUCGACCCCUGAGUAGUUUGCUCUUUGUUUUGUGCAGAUAUCCUAUCUAGGGUUUCUUUAUACUGUUUCUUUUUUUUCAUGAAAUUUCUACAUGUAUGAGAAUUAGUUUUCAAGGCCUAAUUCUUUUAAAGGUCCUUCAUUAUGCCAUUUCUCUAUGUCUUCUAUUUAUUGAGGCUGUACCAGCCCUAACUUCAUUAUGCUUUUUAGCCUUCCUCAUUUGGAUUAGACGUUGAAUAAAAUCCUUUUCUCUUGUGCUUUAGCAAAUGAGGAUCCCUGUCGUUUAAUCAGUGCCUUAUUUUGGAUCUUAAAUUGGGCACAUUACAGAUAUUAUUAAGCAAUAGCGAAAUCAAUUCUAGUUUGCUUGCUUAAUAAAUGUCUUUAAAGUUCAAUCUCAUGAUUGUUUUGCUCAAGUUGAUAGAAGAUAAUCACAGUGCAUGUUGUGUAGUGCUUCACCGAUACUAAAGUCAGAGGUAAAAGUACUAUCAUCAAUGAGAAAUCCAAGUUUUUUAUUAAGUUCAUCUAUUAUUUGACAAAAAAAAGGAAAAAUGUGAUAAAUGAGAUACCAAAAUCACGCAUCCCAAACAUCUAAUGGGAUAAUCUUUUAAUGUACAAUGCUUGGCAAGUUGUCAGAUACAAAAACUGCAUCUUAAAAUUGAAGGAAGUAAUGCUUUUGGGCCAGAAUGUGAAUAGCCAUAAUGAUGCUUCCGACCAUAGAUUUUUAAGUUCUCCUGUGUACUCCAUUACUGAUUUCGAACCUUGAGCAAUUGAUUAAUAUUUUAUCUCCAUUUCAUAUAUGUGUGACUCAUUGUUUUUCAUCAAAUAUUUCAUGUGUAUUGUUCCCCACAGAUCCUUUGCAGUUUUCAUAAAGGAAAAAUCUCUACUGAUCUGGGGAAUCAUGGUUCUCCAAAUUCAUGUCUUUAUCAAGGCAUCCUCCUCUUGCCAUUUUUUCAAUUGUCUUGACAUUGGAUCUAGUGUAGUUUCCUCUAGAUGAUGUAGCAUCUCUCUGCCAGUAAGAACCUCCCUAAUAUAUUCUGACCAUUAGAUGAGAUUAUAUCCAGUCAACUUAAAUUUCGUAGGCAUGGCAGGGAGUUCAAUCAUCAAUCUUGAUGUUACAGGAUUGACUUCCAUAAUGGUGGUAGAGACAUCACCUACUGAGGUCUCUCCUCCUUCAGACAUAGAAAAAUAACAAAUCGGAAUAGGAACAACUGCUUACUGAGCAAAAAAAAAUGUAAUUCUCAUACGUCUUAUAAGGAAGAUCAAUAAUUGCCUUGAGAAGGGGCUCAAAAAAUGAUGUUUAUCUUCCAACUCCUCAAGAAGAGACUCGCAGAAGCAGCAUAAAUCUCUUAUACCGAAAAAGAUAAUAAGAAAGGAGAAUCACACCUGGAUUUGCUCUUAAACAUUUCACUAAGUUGUUAGUUACUUCCAUGUUCAAAAUCUUUGAGCUCUGAAGCAUCAUUGUAGCUAUUCACAUUCUGGCCCAGAAGCAUUACUUCCUUCAUUCCAAAGUCUUAUGGCGAAGUUGACUUCUUAUUUCCCUCUUAAUCAUCUCCAUAUUUCAUUAGAGCCUCGCAUAUUCGGAUGUGUCUCAUUCAUUUAUAAUCAUAAUCCAGCUGAAGGUAAAUUAUAUCCAAGAUCCCUCAAAUGUAUGUUUGUUGGAUAUUCAACUACUCAAAAAGGGUAUUGCUGUUAUCAUCCACCAACUCAAUUUUUUUUUACAACUAUAGAUGAUACCUUUCAUGAAUCUAUUUUUUACUUCUAGAAAACUUCUCAAGACACAUCUUUGCCAUUUCCACCUUUACUUGAUUUUUCCCCAUAAAGAGUUUCUUCUCCUCCAGGUCAAAUUAUUCUACCAAUUCAUGUAUCUGACCAAAGUUCAUCUCUUCCUGAUCCGCCUCUUGAAAAACUCAGAUUUGGUCACGUUUAUUCCAGGACACGAGUACCUCAAAAUGCUGGAAAUUCGGUGGAUAAUCUGUCCAAGAGAUCUGAGAAUUGCAAUCCCAUAGUCUUGACUUUGGGCAUGCUCUUAAACCCUUCACUAAGUUGUCAGUUACUUCCAUGUUCAACAUCUUUGAGCUUUGAAGCAUCAUUGAAGCUAUUCACAUUCUGUCCCAGAUGCAUUACUUCCUUAAAAAAUCAAGGGGUAUUGAAGUAUCUAACAAAUCAGGGGUCCUAGUGUAGAGAAUAUGAAGCUUCUAAAUACAGAACGUCUAAAUAGAAUAUCUCUUGACACUCUCUCUAAGCAGAUUCUAGAAACAUGUCUAGCUAAUCCAAUAUCUGAAAUUGCAGAGACCCUGUCAUAGCUUGAAGCAAUGUGGAGAAACCUAGAGUUACUUAGAAAUCAAUAUUCUAGUGCCACGAGAUGGAGAAAUUGAUAUCUGCACCUCUCUAAAGGGAGCCAAAAUAUCUAGAACCAAGAUUUUGCAGCUACAACAAACGUCCAGAACUCCUUUUCUUUUUCUGAACAUAGACUGGUUUUGAUACUAUCACAAACGAAAAUGGACAUACAGUGCACGAAAUGGCUAAAAAUCCACCACAAACUCAGAUCUCAGCUCUCUUUAUAUACAUCUUAAGGGAGUACAAUUUUCUUAUGUAUUACAAUAUCUGACAAGCUUUCUGAUAUAGUGAUCUUUAAGCCAAGGGGUGUUCCCAUUCCCAGAAAUCAGGGAUCUUAGUGUCGAUAAUGGGAAAGUCUUAACCGUAGAAAGUCUAGUUAUAAAUCUCUCUCGACAUUAUUAUCCACAUAUAUAGUUGUGUUUUGAAUGAGAGAGUCAACGGUUAUCCUUUUCUAUCCUCCCCUUAUAUCUUCUAUCAUCUCGAGUCUCAUAUAAUGUAUUUAUCUAUUUUUAAUGUUGGUGAUAAUAAUAACAAUAAUCCGAAGGAAUAGACAUCUUGGAGAAGGCAUCCCGAUGCUGUUCCUCAGCUCGAUACAUGUGAUAACUCAAUAAAAAACAUCGAAUAUCUAAAUAAUUAUUGGCUAUCUAAGCAAUCUCAUCUUAUUAAACCUUUUAUUUUUAUUAAUUUUGAUCUUCCAAUUGAUUUCAAAAUAGAGGUAAAGAAAGUGUUAAACACAUUAUGUUGAUACACUUUGGUUAUUCUACUCACUCCAUCUUACUUGUUUCUUUUUGCUUUACCUUUUUCCAUCCUCACCUCUUUUGUUUAUGCAAUGAAUGAAGAAAUGAAAACUUUUGUAGGUUGUGCAUCCUUUAAAAGUACAGAAAUAGACAUAACAUUAAUUAUGAGGAAAAAAAUUUCCUCAGCUUUUAUAAGUUGGUCUUCAUAAUUAAAUGUCUAGUAGAUUUUAUUAUUGAUAAGGUUGAGGUUGGGUUCGUUGUAAAAGGAUUCAAAUAGACAUAACAUUAGUUAUGAGAAACUUUUUCCAUUUGUGAUGAAGAGGAAAUCUAGGCUCGACAUCAGCUUAUAUUUAAUAAAAGUGGUUUUCUUGACAGCUUAGUGAAGAGGGACCUGGUGAAGAAUUGAGUGGAGAUGGUGUACUUGCUAGCUUUAACGAAUGGAUGCUUCCUGCUAAGGAAUUUGAUGGCUUGUGGGAGAGGUAUGUGAAUAUUAGGAUUUUUUUCCUUUUUGAUAUCUCCAGUUUAUUUUAUUUAUGGAUAAUCAAUUUAUUUUACAGUUUAGUUUAUGAAACUGGUCUCAAACAACGAUUAUUACGAUAUGCUGCAAGUGCAUUGCUGUUUACUGAGAGAGGUGUUGACCCCUGUCUUGUUUCUUGGAACCGGUGAGUGAUUUCUUCUCAAUUUUGUAUAUUUCUGUAAAUGACAAUAUCUUUAUACAAUACCAUCUAAAAACAAUUGAAUUCAUUCCUUUGUGUUUCAAUUUCUAGCCUCAAACUUUCGAUUGGACUUGGGGUCAAAUGGUGACAUGAAAAUGUAUGUCAAACAUGGCUAAUAUUAGAAUUUAGGCAGGAUAUAAGAGAAUGUUACAGACGCAUAUACGCUAUCUAUAAAUGUUUUAAAAUUUUGUAUUGAUAAGUUUAGCUGUUGAUUUCCUGCAUAAAAUUUAGAUCACGCGUUUAAAAAAUGAGUCUGUGCCAAAUUUUGUUGAUGUGUAGAAUAAGAUUUUAAUCCUUGUUUCAACAGUAAGUUUUUGACAGGUUUGUAUUUUUUUUCUUGUUGGAAGUCUAUCAUAGGUAAAUUUAAGUGAUGACAUCAAAAAAAGGUAUCUUCAUGUAUCUUUUACGAUCCUGUGUAAACGCAACUGAUUUAAAGUAUCAGAAGCUCCAAAUGAAGCAUGUGUCUUAACAGAAUAGUUUCUAUGACGUUCUGGAUGUUCAUGUGGGAAGUAUAUACAGCCAAAUCUCUUAGGCUAGUCGUCUUUUUUUUUUUUCCCCUACAUGACAUAGUGACCUAGUAAUGUAAAGUGCCGGGAAAAUUUGUGCAUCAUGGUGGUAGGGUAUAUUAAUGCCGAUUUUGGGGGUUUAACCAAAUUGGCUUUGGUAGAAAAACAAACUGCCCUAACUCUUUCUGAAUUAGGCUGUUUUCAUUUUGUGCGUUUCUGUAUUGGCCAAAAGUUUAAAAGUGGUUUUAUUCUACUUCAGAACUGGAUUAUUUUUUAAUAUUUUCACUUUGUAUAUCAUUUUUAAUAUAUUUUUCGACAUAACUAGCAGAACUUGACCUAUGCGAUCUACUGUCAUAAAUAAGCCUGUUUAGUCCUCAAUUGGAUUUUUUCGGGCAUUCUUUUGAAUUGGAGCUAGAAGUAGAACUCGAAAUGGUUGUUGAAUGAACAAAUAAAACAUUGUGUGUUUUCUUUUUGAAAAACUUUCUUUAUUCUUAGUGAUUAUGCCUCUACAACUUUUGCAGUAUCAUUCUUUUACAUGGCCCCCCAGGAACUGGAAAGACAUCCUUAUGCAAAGCACUAGCUCAGAAACUUUCAAUCCGUUUUAAAUCCAGGUUCUCACUGUUAUAAGUGCCAUUUAUCGUUUAUUUGUUAGACUACCACAGCCGCAUUUUUUACUUAUUCUUUUGUUGGUGUAAUGAACUCAGGUUUUCACAGUGUCAAUUGGUGGAAGUCAAUGCGCAUUCUUUAUUCAGCAAAUGGUUUUCUGAAAGUGGGAAGUUGGUAUUGCCAUAUGUUCCUAAAAGCUUCUGCUGUUUAUUAUUUUGUGCUGACAUUCUUUCCUUUUUGUGACUGCUCGACCUCUCUAUUUUUCAUAAGGUUCUUUGUACAGGAUUUUAUUUUCUUAUGUGAUUUUUUUAUUGUUUAGUUUCAGACAACUUUUUAUUCUUCUUGAUAUGCUGUUGACCUGGUUAGGGACAUUGAUACAUUACAUAGUUUACUGACAGGUAGCAAAACUUUUCCAAAAGAUUCAGGAAAUGGUAGAAGAAGAAAGUAGUCUGGUUUUUGUUUUAAUUGGUGAGUCCUAUAGUUUGAAUUAUCACUUUCUUAAUUCUUUAUUCAAACUGUGUACUUAUCUGCUAUGCCUAACCAGUGCUCUUGUAGUAGAGAUGAUUAUUUAGCCAGUCCACUGACUUGUCUGCAAUCUUCAAAUUUUGAAGAUUUUUUUGUUCUGCUCUAUGGAUGAUGUUUUUGAGUAAAUGGCUUAUAUUCAUCUUCGGUUGAGUCAAUGUAAAUCUAAACAUUUUGCACUAUGAAGCUUAUUUGAUUUGUACACUUUUCCUUGGACUAUAUAUUUUUUAGAACAUCAUUGUAUAAAGUUUCUCUCAAAGGUUCCAUUGAAAAAUUUUGUUUAUCUUUGACAUUAUGGAGAUUCUAUUGGUAUUUGGCUUGGAUAAAAGUUAAAUCCUCAUGGAUUUGAAUUCUCUAAAAAUGCAAAGAUAUCCUAAUAGUGAAGUUUACAAGUUGGUGUAAACCUUUUUCGCACUCGGAUGGCUUAGACAUUUCAAUAGAACAAUUUUCUUGAUACUUAAUAGUAAACACCCACUUUUGACAAGCUUCUCCCUUCAUUAGGUUCAAUUUGUUUCGAAGUUCUACCUUCUUGAGUAGUUGCCAUAUGGUUAUCACUCAUUGAAUGUAAUUGUUUGAUGGUAAAAGACCAGUUAGAUAUUUGGGUACAAUACAUGAUGCUUAGUGCAUGUUAUGCUCCUCUCUUUCGGAUGGGAAUUAAAAGGUUGAGAUAAUUAUUUAAGUUAACAAAAUUAAUGAUUGAUUACUUGGGAGCUCAUCAUAGACUGGUAUGACCUCAAUUUGGUGUUCUGGUAGAUCUCAAAGCACCCCGUGAGAGGAAGAAGAAUUUAUUAAAGGAAAAACUAGAAUCAAUUUUACAAGAGGGACAAGGUCUAGUAUUUAUACCAGACCCUCAAGUUGUAGAACGUCUAACAUCAAUACAGACACAUAAGGGCAUAUCUUCCAACGUGAAAAAUACAGGGUUCAUGUUAUUAAGUCCUCUCGACAACACUCCCCCUCAAGUUGGUGAAUGGAUAUCAUUCAUUCCUAGCUUGGGAAGAAUCUCUUGUAGUGUGUGCCCCAUACAACUUUAAUUGAUUUUUGGUUGAUAUGUAUGAUAUACAAAUCACAUGUGGCUCAAGUUUUUGUUUGAUAAAAUACCAAUUGAUCUCCACAUGUUGGGUACAAUCAUGACGUAUUGGAUUAUGUACUAAAUUGAUUGCUGACUUAUUAUCACAAUAAAUUUUGAUAGGGCCCAAUAGAAGUUCAUCAAGUAAAUUCCUCACCUAGAGAAGUUCACAUACUCCUUGGGCAAGUGCUCUGAGUUCUACUUCAGCACUUGAAUGGGCUACUACAUUUUGUCUUUUACUUCUCCAAGUAACAAAAUUACCACUAAUAAAUGUGAGAUGAUCAAAAGUUGAUUUUCGGUCAAUCAUUGAUGUUGCAUAAUCAGCAUUAUAAAUAUUUCAACAUUUACGUUCCCACUGCAUUUAAAGAGAAUUCUUUUGUCGAGUGUGCCCUUCAAGUAAUGUAUCACUCAUGCAGUGGGUUGUAUAUAAAUGGGUUUCUUUUGGCUGAUGCAUAAAAUGACUCAAGAUACUCACUGCAUACGAAAUAUCAGGUUGAGUAUGUGUUAGAUAGAGUAGAUGACCAAUAAGCUGUUGAUAUAUCUCGUGGUCAACCUAAACUUCUCCCUCUGUCAUACAUAAUUUGUGAUUUAGAUAAAUCAAUGUGAUGGCUAGUUUACAUGCAGUUUUCUUUGUUUCAAGUAAUACAUCUAUUAUGUACUUUCUUUUGAGAGAUGAAAAUACCUCUAGAAGAGUGAGCCACUUCGAUGCCUAAAAACUAUCUUAGGUGUCCCAAUGUUUUGAUGCCAAAUUCUGAAGCCUAACUGUUGCUCAAGUUCUGUGCUUCUAUGUCAUCACUCCUUGUGAUGAUAAUAUCAUCAAACAUAGACCAAGAGUACUGUGACUCCCUCUAAAAGAGAGUGUUUAAAGAAUAAUGUAUGAUUAGCAUUACUUUGGCUAUAUUUUAAUGUCUUCGUGGUGGCUGUAAACCAUCAAAACCAGGCAUAUCGGGAUUGUUUUAGUACAUAGGGGGACUUUUUCAAUUUGCAAACAAUAUUAGAACAGAGAUUAUCUUCAUAGCCCGGUGGUAGUGUCAUAUACACCUCUUCCACAAGAUCACCAUGUAAGAAUGUAUUUUUAACAUUAUAUUUUUUAAUAUUCCAAUUGAAAAUUGCAGCUAGAGACAAUAAAGAUGAACAAUAUUCAUUUUUUCCAGUGGGGAAAAAGUUUUUGAUAACCAAUAUUGUAGAUUUGAGUAUAACCUUUAGCCACCAAGCCUGGCUUUAUUCUGCUCAAUUGAACCAUCAGAAUUAUAUUUCUUGCUAUACACCCACUUGCAACCAACGGUUUUCUUAUUUGGUGGUGAUGCCACAAAAAUCUGAAGUUUAAUUUUUCUCGAAAUCACUCAUUUUAUCAUCUAUGGCUUGCUUCCACUUCAAAUAUGAUAGAGCUUCAGAGAUAUUCUUAGGAAUAGUAGUGGUAUCUAAGCAUAUAAGGAAUGACUUAUAAGAGGGAGAAAAAUAAUGGUAAGAUAGAAAUUGGCUGCUGGACAUAAAGGAUAUAUAGUACAUUGUCCGAUGGGUUCAAGGUAGUUGGGAGUGAAUCACACUGUAGGUUUGACUGAUCAUCUAGCAACUAAGAAGUAAAUAUGUGGCAUUUUCUAAGGUCUCAUCAGAAUCUUAGUUGUUUUGUGAACUAUGAAUUUCACCUCUUCUAGAGUAGACUUUGUCAAAUCUAAGGUUUUUAGGAAGCGGAUUCGAGGUAGAAAGAGAUAUUUUAGGGGCUAGAAUAAGGAUAAAUAGUUGACCUGUGGAUGAUGAAGAGGAUUCAAGUAGAACAAUAUGAUUAGUAGAUACUAUAGGUUGUUCAUUGGAUAAUAAAUUAUUGAAGUAAGGUACUGAUUCAUGAAAUGUAACAUCCAUAGAAGUAAAAAUCUUUCUAAACGGAGGGUCAUAUUAUUUAUAAUCUUUUUGAUUAAUAGUACACCCAAGAAAGAUGUAUUUAAUCUUGGUGCAAAGUCUUCUUUUGUUUUGAGUAUGAUCAUGAACAAAAGAAACACACCCAAAUAAUCUCGCUUCUAUUCUGGUGUUAAUAUGGUGGUGUGGAAAAAAAUGGGCUAAUGAAUCUAUAGAAUUGUGGAAGCCUAAGAUUCGAGAAGGCAUAUGGUUGAUAACGUAUAUGGCAGUGAGGACAGCCUCAACAAUAUUUUGCACAUGAUGAAUUUAGCAUUGUCUAGUUACCUCUAAAAUAUGCUGAUUUUUCCUUUUGGCUAGAUCAUUUUUCUAUGGAGUAUAUACACAAGAAGAUUUGUGUAUAAUUCUCUCUACUUUGAAGGAUGAAAACUUUGACUAAAAUAUUCUUUAGCAUUGUCGGAUCUAAAUUUUUUGAUAUUUGUACCAAACCGAUUUUUUAUCAUGGUACAAAAGAAUUUUAGAACAUCAAAUACAUAAGACUUUUGUUUUAGAAGAAAUACCCACAUACAUCUUGUACAAUCAUCACUGAAAGUAAUAAAUCAUUUAUUACCACAAAUAUCAUUGAUGGGACACAGUCCCCAAGUGUAAUUAUGAAUUUAGAAGAAAGGAAUCUCACUCCUUUCUCCUUGAGAGUGAAAUGAAACACGUGUGUUUAGAGAAUUCACACAUUACAUUUCAGAGUGUCUAAAGACACUCUUUGAAAUAAAGAGGGAAAAACAGUUUUUAAGAUAUUAAAGAAAGGAUGAUCCAUCUUUUGAUGAAGUAGAUGGAUCUUGUUGACAACUUUUAGAGGUUCUACAAGUUGGUCUACUUUUCACUAUAUACGUUUGGCUGUCCUUUUAGAAGAUAGAGUCUAUCAUAUUUUCUAGCAACUCUAAUCCUCUGAUGAUGUACCUUAUCAAAUAUUACACAAAGAUAUUCAUCAAAGAAGGCACAAUAAGUGAAAUCUCUUGCAAGUUUCUCAACAUAAAUAAGGUUUGUAAAUAGUUUGAGAACAUGAAGAACAUUAGGAAGAAUGGCAAGAGGUUCAAGUUGAAGAUCCCCUAUAUCAUUAUGACAAGGGGUUCAAGUGGAAUGGUUAGAAAAGAUUCUUUUGCAGUUGAAACUUUUCUAUCAUUAUGACAAGAGUUAUAUUUGGUGAAAUGGUGAGAAGAAUUAGUCAUGUGAUCUGUUGCCCCUUAGUCCACUUAUUGAGAGUUAGAAAUAUCUCUAGCAGAAACUCUAAUUCCAAGAGAGUGAAGAAGCUUACCAUGCUGGACUGAUAAGUAUUACGUCAUUGUCGACUUUAAUUGUUUCAAUUCAGCUCGAAGUCGUUCUAUAUCAUUUAUAUGAGGUGAUGAUUGGUGUUGAUUUCGUUUGAAAUAUGACGGCUAAUUAAUAGAUAAAUUUGUCAUAAAAUGUACUUACCUGCCAUAUUUUUCAGUAUUGAAAUUUAGUGGUUUUUCAUGUAAUUUAUAGCAUCUAUCUCUAUUGUGACGUGGUUUUCUGCAAUAUGUACACCAUAUUGAGGUGGUUUGGCCUGAUCACCAGUCUUCUUCAUGGUUUCACCUUGUUUAACCAUAAAUGCAGAAUUAUCAGUUUCUGGAACUGACAUCAUUAAUUUCUAUUGACUUUCCUCAUUUAAAACAAUUGAAAUAGCUUCAUCUAAGACAGCUUUCUUCUCACAUCUCAAGAUUUGUUGUUUGACUUGGUCAAACAUAGAAUUGAGUCUAGAAAGAAUUUCAACACUCCUUUUAUCUAUAAAAUUUUGUAGCAACAUCAAUUUCGUCAGGUUUUUAGUGUCAAGGCUAAGGUAAUAGUCAAGUUCAUGUCAUAAAUUCUUUAACUCUCCUGCAUACUCUAUCACCGAUUUAUUGGCAUUGUGGACAUUGAUUUUGUCUCAAGCUCAUAUAUAUGAGCUUCGUUGUUUUUCUGUGAGAUUUUGGUGUGAACUGUUUCCCAUAAGUCUUUGACCAUGGCUAAGAAGAAAAAAUCACGACUAAUUGGGGGAAUCAUUGUUCCCCACAGCCAAGUUUUGAUCAGGGUGUUCUCUUAUCUCCGUCUCCGAAAUUCACAUGACAUUAAGUUUGGUUUCCCCUCUAUCAAAUGAUGUACCAUACCUCUUCCAUUCAAUACUGCACGAAUAUAUUCUGACUAUGAUAUCAGAUUAUAUCCAGUUAAUUUGAACUCUGCAGGCAUUUUAGGAAGUUCUACAAAUAAUCUUAUGCCCUUAGGAAUAUAUUCUACCAGUUAAUUUGAACUGUUUGGUUUCGUGGAGACUGAAAUCCCCCCCAGAAGAUGAAGCAAUAUCUCAUAGUUUCCAUUUCAAGGAAAUAAUAGUCGACUGCACAAAAAACUAAUUUUGUGAACAAAUCUCAAUAAAGAUAUCCAAAGAACGGUACAAAGACCGAAACACUAGAAUCAAUCAGUGCAGAAGUGAAUUAGAGCAAUCACACCUGGAUUCGUUCCAUAGAGACACUGCAAAAAUGGCACGUCCCUUGCUGGAUGGGCACGAUACUAACAGCUUCAACAGAAGUAGAGCGUCCCUUGCGGAUGAACUCAAACUGUCAAAAGAAAGGGAUUUGAAACCCUAACCUUGUUCUGAUUCCAUGUUGAGUAGUACAACCCUAAUUCGGUGUGUUGGUAGAUCCCAAAGUCCCCUUGGAGAUGAAGAAGAAUUUAUUGAAUGAAAAACUAGAAUCAGUUUUUCAAGAGGAAUGAGGUCUAAUAUUUAUACAAACCCUCGAGAGUUCUAGAACUACUAAUAUCAAUGCAGACACAUAAGGGCAUAUAUGCCACAUGAAAAAUAUAGGGUUGUUGUUAAGUCCUCUCAACAACACACAAGAAGUGAUUAUAAGAAAAUUGAACAGGAUAAUAGAGCAUAACCACGUGUCUGUCUUGGUAACUUGCAUUUUUUUGUUGUGAAGAACAUUUUGUGGGUAGAUGGUAGGAAUCUGUUUUGAUUAUGAUAAUGUCUUUCAGAAUGUACUUCUCCCUUUGUUGGCCAACGCUGUACAUUCUUCCUCAAGAGUAGCCAAACUGAAAUGAUUUCUUUACAGUUGACUUCAAAUUUGGAGAUUCUAGACUGAUGAUAAUGAAUAAAAUACUUACAUCUAAACAGUUUUGGUGGAAGAUGAUAAAUUAGACUCUUGGGUUAAAGAAGACUGACAGGUGACUUGUUUGGGACCCUAGAUGGUAUGUUGUCAAUAACAAAGGGGGCCACGAUAAUAUAUUCAAUUUAGAGUUUCUAUGGAAGAUAACACUGCAAUAGUUAGAUUCAAGUGGUUUGUCGCAAGUGUAGAUUCUUGUACUGAAUUACCCCCUUAUUACUUCAAGUAGGCACAUAAAGUAUCAUCGAUGUUAACUUCAUAUUUUGACAAAUAUGUAAUUGUUUUUCCAUAUUUAUUUUUUAUCAUUUCAUGACUCUUAAAUGAUGUGAGAAUUUCCCCCUCAACUUUCGUUAUAAACCUUUAAGUAUAGUAAGUAUAGUCAUUAAUGAACCCCAUAAAAUAUUGAUAGUCAUCUAUUCUCAUUGUCAGAUAAUCCCCACUUACUAGGUUACGCGAGGUUAAAGGACAAUAAAUCUUACUAUUAGAUAAGCAGAUUGAGAUCCAACCAUGUUUAGAUUCUGACAUAUAUACAUAUAAUCUGCAGAGAUUUGACAGAAAAAUGUUUAAUGUGCAGCUGCCGCUGAUGUGUCUUUUCAAUGUUUGAGUGUAUCCUUGGUGAUCUCUCAAGUUAGAAAAACAGAGAAUAUUCUUGGUGUGAGGUUUAGGAAUCCUAUAUUGUGAACACUCCAAAUCGUUUGGCAUGUCUGUAAAAUGCUUUAACGAUAAGAUGGCUAGACUAAGUGAGCAGUGCCCUUCCCCUGUUGAUUGCUUUUUCUUGCCCUAAAGUGAAUGAAUCUUGUUGUGAGACAUCUCUUGUAGUUGAUCGAUUUCAUUGUGGGAAAAGUCAUGAGGGCUGUUUUCUGGUGGCUAAUUUCACCUCCUUUGGUAGAAGAGACAAAGGUCUACUGUUGUCAUCCUUUUGCACUGAAGACAAAAACAUUGGGGUCAUUUUGAAGUUAAUUUACAUCUUUCUGAGAUUAUCAUUUAGUUGAGUUUUUGUCUAUGAAUCACAAAAUUACUGUUCAGUGACUGUUUACUUAGUCUUAUGACAUUCUUCUUUGGUUAAUGCUACAGAUGAAGUUGAAAGCCUUGCAGCUGCAAGAAAGGCUGCCUUAUCUGGUUCUGAACCCUCUGAUUCAAUACGGGUAUUGUUUUCUGACUCAGUUUCACCUUCUCUCUCACAGGCUUGACCGAAAUUCUUGUAUUCGUGAAUCCAGCCUUCUUAAUAUUUUAUCCUGGAAGAGGCACUGCUGAUCAUGUAUUGUCAUUUUUUUUUCAAAUAUUUACAGGUUGUUAAUGCAUUGCUUACACAGAUGGACAGAUUGAAGUCUUGGCCAAAUGUGAUCAUUUUGACCACUUCAAACAUAACAACAGCAAUCGGUAUACAACUAAUUUAAAUUAUGUCCAUUCUUGUUUUAUUUUGUGCUUUGUUAUUGUCUUCGGAGUAAUCUGUUUAAAUGAAUUGACUGCCAGAAAAUUAUCUUCAAAGGCAAGCGAAAAAACCUACAGUAAGGAUUUGACAACUUAUCAAGUUGAUGUUAUCAGAUAUUUAAUUUUAUUUCAGCUAUCUUCUAGAGAGUGGCUUUUUGUGUAUUAGGUUUUCUUGUGCAUUGCAAAUAUACAGCUAACACUCUUUGUUCAGCUAAUCAUCCGGUCUAAAAACUUUUGUUUCUCUGCUCUGUGUCGAUGGUGCUUGAUGUGUAAAAUUAUGUUAAUAGAUGGCUUAUUAUUUGAGUCGAUCUUUUUUUUUGGCCCUUAUGAAAAGGUCUUUGGUCUAUCUCACCUCAUUCCUACUGUCUAUUUAUUAACAGUUUGUAUGAGUUUGACCAAGCUGCUGGAAGGUUUUGCAUCUCUUCUUUGUUAUGUUGUCUGCUCUGACUAAGUUUGGUGAAUCAUGUUGGAAAUUUAUGAUAUGCCAUGUAUUAUGAUUGACACGAUGAUAUAUUUUUCGGCUAUGCACUUGCUUCGAAAGAACAAUUUUUAGUAGAAAAAAUUUCCCCUCAUUUAUUUUCCCACUGUAGUCAAGAUAACACACGAUCUGGAGCUCUGAUAGGCGGCCAGCACUCUUGGAAGAACUCAAACUUUAUUAAUCAAGAAAAUUCAUUACAAGGAGAGUGGGAUCCAGUAUUUAUACCAGAUCCCUAGAAGGUUUUAGACAUACUGAUGUAACACGAAAUGAAAGGUACAUGAGGACAUAUAUGUAAACAUGUAAGGUAUAUAGGUUCUUAAGUAAAUCUCGACAACACCCCCCCUCAAGCUGGUGAGUAAAUGUUGUCCAUUCCCAGCUUGGGAAUAAUGUUCUACAGUUGUGUACCCGAUAUGCCUUUAGUAAGCAUGUCUGCCAAUUGAUUAUUUGUUGAAAUGCAUGAUAUACAAAUCACAAUGGCCUCAAGUUUUUCUCUGAUGAAAUGAUGAUCAAUCUCCGCAUGUUUGGUAUGGUCAUGUUGUACUAGGUUGUGCACUAGAUUGAUUGCCGACUUAUUGUCAUAAUAAAUUUUCGUAGGACUGGAUAAGGAAUUUGUAACUCAUCAAGUAAGUUCUUGACCCAAAGUAACUCACAUAUUCCUUCGGCAAGUGCCUUGAGUUCAGCCUCAGCACUUGAUCGAGCAACUACAUUUUUUUUUUAACUUCUCUAGGUGAUAUGGUUGCCACCAACAAGAGUAAGAUGAAUAAUGUGUGAUCAGCAUGACUUUGGUUGUAAUUUAAUUUUUUCAUGGCUACUGUAAACCUUCCAAACUAUGCAUGUGGAGAUUGUUUGAGGUUAUAAAGAUAUUUCUUUAACUUACAAACAAGAUUAGAUGAAAGAUUAUGCUCAUAUCCUGGUGGGAGAGUCAUGUAGACCUCUACAACCAAACCACCAUACGAGAAUGUAUUUUUAACAUCGAAUUGUUGAAUAUUCUAACUGAAAAUUACUACCAAGGACAAUAAAAAAAGAACUGUAUUCAUUUUGACCACUGGUGUAAAAAUCUCUUGAUAAUCUAUUCCAUAUAUUUGUGUAUAACCCUUAGCCACCAGCUAGGCUUUAUACCUCUCGAUUGAACCAUCCGAUUUAUAUUUCACUGUGUACACUCAUCUGCAGUCAAUAGUCUUCUUAGCUCGUGGUAAUUCCACUAGAUCUUAUGUCUGAUUUUUUGCAAGAGCUCUCAUCUCAUCAUCCAUGGCUUGUUUCCACUCAGGAUUGGAGAGAGCCUCGGGGAGAUUUUUUAGAAUGGUAGUGGUGUCUAAGGAUGCAAGCAAUGAUUGAUAGGGUAAAGAAAGUUUGUGAUAAGAAAGGAAACUAGCAGUUGGGUGGGUACAAGGGUGUUUUUGUACACUCCUUUAUAGGUUUGCAUAGGGCAAUGGGAAGUGAAUCAUGAGGUAGGACUACAGAAUCAUCAGAUGAGAGAGAUGUUAAUGGUUGUAUAUUUUCUAAGGUCAGAUCAGAGCCUCGGAUUUUUGGUUAAUGGAUCUUCUUCUCUCCAUCUACGAAAUUCUCGAGACAACAUAUAUCAAAAAUUAUUUGUGAAAAAUUUAAAUCAGGAAAAAAAAGAAAGUGCUAAAAAUAGAAAAACUCAUAUGAGAAAAGUUCAUUUAUCUUAUAAUUACCUUUGUGUGCUUCUUUUUUCUCUGUUCGCAUUCCUCUUCUUAAUUCGUUCUUCCUCUUCCUCUUCUUUAAUGUUUCCUUAUUUUUAUUUUAUUCCCUUUGUAUUGUUGCCUUUAUUUCCUCCUUUUACUUCUUCUUUAUUGUCUUUCCUAGUUUUUCCUUCUUUCUCGUUUACUUUUUUAUUAUUAUUCACUUUUCAAUGUUCUCUUUGAAAGAUUGAAAUAAAUUGGAGGUAACUUUCAACUUGAUAUGUCAACUCGAACGUUAGUAAUCAUUCAGGAUACUUCAUCAGCUUGAAGGUGACACAAAAUAUGCAAUGGAAAGAUAAGGUGCUCUCUAAAGAACGGUAUUUAGAACUAACUACCCCUUUUGAAAGUAAGAACUUAAGCUCUAAGUGAGUGAACAAUACAAAAUAAAAUGCCAAUAUAGUUAUGAUAGCAUACAAGGCAAGGGCCUGUGACUUGAAGGUUUACAUCAAUAUUUGAUUGACUAUUGAGAGACAUUUGCACCAGUGGCCAACCUCAAGUUUGUUAAGAUAAUUUUUUUCCCGUACAGAUCAUUUCUCAAACUUUGUAUCAACUUGAUUUAUUUGUGAUGUUUUCUUAGAUGGAUACUAGGGAGAGUUUUUCAUGGAUCCUACUCAAAGGUUUGUUAUAGGGAGAAGCUCUAUUGAUUGAACCUUAUAUGGGCCUAACUUGAUAGAUUUAUAUUUUGAAGGGCAACCAAAACAAUGCGAAAUGGAAAGUUAGUCUUUCAGUGAUUCUUCCUGUACGUAAGAAAAUUGUUGGAAAUUUUAGGUCACAAGAAAAUUAUGUAACAGAUUGAGUGUAUGUUACAAAAUCGUGUAAGGUUCCUCCUUCUAUAAUGGGGGUUAGAAGUGAAUGAAUCUUGAGGCGGUUUCCGCCGUUCUCCCCUCUGUCCUUCGUGAUGAGGUCUUAUUUCUCCAUUUCAACAUGGUAUCGGAGCGGGUUCGUUCCACUAGAGUUUCAUCAGCUCUGUUCGACGUCUGUUGUAUGGGGGAACACCAUCACCACCACCACUAGAGUUCGGCGGUAUCCGAUGUCUUCUAUCUGCUGCUGCUGCCUCUGUUUGACAUAGGUUCUGCUUGGCAUUUCUUGUCUAGGGGAGCAUUGAUGCCACCAUCACUGGCAUCUGGCAACAGACAGGUUAUAUGUUAAGGUUUCAAACCCCUCUGCUUGAAGGUAGAUAUAGUAGAUAUCUAUACACAGCUUGAAGUAGAGUGUUUUAAGAAUAUGCAGGCAAAUGCUGUGGCCACUAGCUGUAGCAUCUUUCAUUUCCAUUUUUGUGGCUUCUGUUCAUUACAAAAGUAUGUGAGAGUUCUGCCUCAGUGCAUAAGAACUUGAGAAUGAAUGCUCCCAUUGUCUGUAAAAUGGACUAAAACUUGAGAAUGUGGGACUAUCCUUGAGCUCGUGAAAGCUCACACGAUGUUGAUGGCUAGUUAUUAUAACAUAUAUAACCUUUGAUAUGAUAUGAUUUAUCAUUUGGGAGAAAUGGCAAACGACUGUUUGAGGGUGAUGAGGAGUCUAUUAAUGAGGAUAAUGACACAAGAACACAAGUUAAAGUCAAAUUAGAUUUUGGGGUUUACUUGCUCGAUAGUCUUUUCUAGUUUUGAUGUUGAAGAUGUACCAAACAAGAACUUUACAGUGUACGAAAUGGUAUGUAUCAUUUAUGUCAAAAAAAAAAAAACUGUGAAACUUGUGUGACUCCUGGACGAAUUUAGAAUUUUUAUAUCAAAUUGACCUUCCAAAACAAAUUAUUUUCAUUAAUUCCCAUUCAACUCCAUCAUCAUAGUCAAAUAACAAGGCUUCUCUCGGUUGCAAAACUAUUGGCGGUUGCCCCUUCAUCAUCCCUGGUUGACUCUCUUCCCGGAAUCGGAUUGAACUCACCGUUCUUUGGCUUUCAGAUAUCGCUUUUGUCGACCGCGCAGACAUAAAGGCAUACGUCGGGCCGCCAGCAGUUCAAGCCCGAUAUGAGAUCCUCAGAUCAUGCGUCCAAGAACUUGUGCGUACUAGAGUUGUAACGCCUCCUCAGGUAGCCCAGCUUCUGGGGUUCUGUGAAAUCUUCUAGCUUUCUAUAUAUCCACUACGGCCCCAUGCAAAUGGAUUUUUCCAUUUCAGGAAAACGAAAAUAUCGUCCUUCCCAGCUACGGAUUAUUAAGAGAAACAAUGGGCGCAAGCGUUUCACCGGAGGUUGGAGGCUCAGCUGACCCCAUAUCCAAGUUACUGCUCCAAGUUGCAGAGGAGUGCAAGGUUAGGGGAGACCACCAUCCUCCAUAUCCUCCUCAUCUUCUUCUAGAUGACGACCCCAUGAAAAUGACCAGCCCUUAGUACCAUCACAGCCGCCAUUACCUACCUCUGCCUUCGCAGAUUCUUCAGCCCAACAGUUCAAUUAAUGUCUCUGGCUGGGUAUUUUUUCAGGGCUUGAGCGGGCGUUCUCUGAGAAAGCUGCCUUUUCUAGCUCAUGCGGCUCUCACCAGCCCCUACUGUGAUAUCAUCAAGUUCCUGCAUGCCCUGGAGGAGACUGCAAGGAGAGAGAUUGCCGAGGUCCUGCCUUCUUGA